AUGCCGGGUGGGCAUUACAAAGUUUCUUGCGACAAUGCCUCUACGAGUAAAACAAAGAACUUGCUAAAUCGCGAUAGAGUGCAGAUAGUUUGUUUCCCGACUGCGUUGAUUAACGAUUCGUUCCUACACAAUGAAAUCAGCUGUUACCUUUUAGGCGUAACGUUUACUGCUAAAGUUCAGUUAGGCACGUCCUUCAUUUCGGCAAAGUUACGAGCGACCGAUGCCGAUAAAUUCAUCGAGGAAACCGGUCUUCGCUCAGGUCUACUUCUAUUUGCUGACGAACCGAACGUGACACAAAAUGUAGAUAUUCGGAUGCUGUAUGCAAUAUUUGGGCUCCAGAAUCCUCGACGUGCUUCGGACGUCGACCGGUGCGGUGGUACUCCUAGCGGUCACAGGAGACAGAGCGUUACCUUUGUUUCGAAUGCCACGUGCAAACUUGAUCUAGCACAACACUGCGCGGGGACCGCAGGCAGGCCGGGAUUGGUGCAAUUUGAUGAAGGCACAAACGUUUACACCGAAUCACGUCCUAAGCGUGGCCACCGCUGUGAACGACCGGCCGGCCCCAGUCUCAGCCCAGCCACGCGGGCCCGUUCUCGCAGCACCUUCCCUCCUUCAACGAAACUCGCGCACGAUCGCACCGUGUCCGCGGUCGAUGCGCGGACGACACUAGUUCUCCGUUCGACGGUCGGCGCCGGAUUGCGGCAGCGCGGGGAGAGCAUCGCGCGCGCAGCUGUCGCGCCACGACCCCCUGGCGUCCCAUCCCUUCCCCCGGCCCUUUAUCGUUCUGGGAAGUGGUUCCUAAACUUCCCCGCUCUACACUCGAAAUUUCUCCCCGAAUUGAAGCAUAUUUUAGCAAGACGACAAAGAAGUCGAAAGUAG